AUGACAUCACAAGAGGGGGACGCUGCUGGUGCUGCACCUGCGGAGGUUUCUGCUGCUGCCCCAGCAGCAGCAGCGGCGGCAGCAACAGCAACAGCAGCAGCAGAAGCCACAACCGCUGCAGCAGCAGAAGUGUCCAAGCCAGUAAGUAGCCAGCCAGCCGAUGGGAGUGAAGACGUACUCAACGCCAACAGCAGCAGCAAGAGCAGCAACAGCAGCAGCAACAACAACAGCAGCAGCAACAUCAGUAGCGGCAGCAGAAGCAGCAGCAGCGAUGGAAGCAGCUCGAACACGAGCAGUGUGGGCAGCAAUGCAAAGGACAGCCAGAGCGGCCCUAGCAGCAGCAGCAGCACCAAUGGCGCCACCCCUAGCAGCAGCAGCAGCAGCAACAGCAGCAGCAGCAGCAGCAGCAUCGAGAAGACCGGGACCCCUGGCAGCACCGGCGACAGCCACAGCAGCACCGGCACCAGCAGCAGCAGCAGCAAGGGUGCCGUCCGUAGCAGCACCAGCAGCAACGAGCAGACCCCCCCUAGCAACAGCAGCAGCAGCAACAGCAGCAGCAGCAACAGCAACAGCAGCAGGCCGGGCCCCUCUGUUCCUGCUGCUGCUGCCCCCAGCAAACGCGAGCCUCUAAAUGCUCUCGGGGGGCCCCCCAAGCGGCUGCAGUCAGAAAUACGUGCUGCUUCUGUUCGCCCUGACAGCAGCAGCAGCAGCAGCAGCAGCAGCAGCAGCAGCAGAGAUGGGUACAGGGACAGGUAUGGGGACAGCAGCCAGAGGUAUGGGGGCAACAGAGACAGAGGCGGUGCGAGAUAUAGAGACAGCAGCAGCAGCAGCUACAACAGCAGCAGCAGCUACAACAGCAGCAGCGGCAGCAGCUACAGCAGCAGCAGCAGGGAUCACGGGAGCUGGAGCAGCAGGAACCACCCUGAGGGCGCGAGGAGCAGCAGCAGCAACAGCAGCAGCAGCAGUAGCAGCAGCAAUAGCAGCAGCAGUAAAGGAGACAGCGCACCAAGGCCCAGUUCCUCAGCAGGAGGCCCCAGUAGCAGCAGCAGCAGCAACCCCAGCAGCAGCAGCAGCAGCAGCAGCAGCAGCAGCACUCCCGGAGUUAAGGGCAGCGUGACCAACUCGAAGGGGGCCGUGAGCAGCAGCAGAAACAACAGCAACAGCAGCAGCAGUGGCAACAGCAACAGCAGCAGCAUCAGCAAGAGCAGCAACAGCACAGACAGCAGCAGUAGCAGCAGCAAUGCCAACAGGAGUACCAACAGCAGCAGUAGCAACAGCAGCAGCGCCAAUGUCAGCAGCAGCAACAGCAGCAACGCCAGCAGCGGCAGCAGCGGUAGCAGCAGCAGCAGCAGCAAACCCGGGAAGCUGCCUGCCGUUUUGCUGCUCGGGGAGCAGCAGCAGCAGCAAAAAGAAGUUCAAUCUUUAGAAGAAAUAGAAAGAAAAAGAAAAGAGGCGGAGCAGCCAAAAAGGAUUGCUUUUGUGUCUAAGAAGCAAAGGGAAGCGAGGCAGCAGCAGCUGCUGCAGCAGGAAGUGGAGCAAGCGAAAAAAAAAGAAAGAGAAAUGAUCAAUAAGCGGCGGCUCUUUUUGCAGAGAGAGGAGAUAGAGAGGGAACGGGAAAGGAAGGAAAGACAAAAGAGAAGAGAUAUGGAAAGGGUCAAAGAAGAGCAAGAGAGAAAGCUGCGUGAAGAGCAAAUGCGGCAGCAGCGGGAGCAGGAGAAGCAGCAGCAAAAACCCAAAGACGCGAGCGUUUUGGCAAACCUCAAGCUGCUGAAUUUGCCGGAGCAGGAGCUCCGCGCCAAGCAGCAGGAAAAGGAGCUCGAGCAGAUUCGCAUGCAUUAUUUGGGGAUGAAAAAAGAAAAGAAAAAAAUUCAGAAACCCUCUGAAAAAUUCAGAAACAUCUUUAACUUUGAAUGGGACGCCAGCGAAGACACCAUGAGGGGCGACAACAACCCUCUUUACCAAAACCGCCUGGAGCCGCAGCUGCUGUUUGGCAGAGGGUUUAGGGCCGGUAUGGACAUUCGUGAACAGCGCAAAGCGAAUAACUUCUACGACGAACUCGUCAAACGGCGCCAAGAAUACGAACAGAAGCAGCGACAACGUGGGGCAGAAGAAGCAGCAGCAGCAGCAGCAACAGCAGCAGCAGAGGCAGCUCGAGCCAGUGACAAGAAGAAGACUAAAGACCUCGAGGACGAGCCGGAGUUGGAGGGCCACUGGUCAACAAAGAAGAGAGAAGAAAUGACCGACAGGGACUGGAGGAUCUUCAGAGAGGACUUUGAAAUUUAUCUCAAAGGCGGUCGAGUUCCGCCGCCCAUUCGGACUUGGGCGGAGGCGGAGUUGCCGUGGGAGUUGAUAGAGGCGGUGAAGCAGGCCAACUACGACAGACCCACGCCCAUUCAAAUGCAGGCCAUUCCCAUCGCCCUCGAAAUGCGGGACCUCAUCGGCAUUGCGGAAACUGGAUCUGGCAAAACAGCAGCAUUUGUCCUGCCGCUGCUGACAUAUGUGAAGCAGCUGCCGCCUCUCACCGAAGAGACUUCGCAGGAUGGGCCCUACGCCCUCAUAUUGGCUCCGUCCAGGGAGUUGGCUCUUCAAAUCGAAGAAGAGACCCAAAAGUUUGCUUCCUUCUGCAGCUGCCGCUCUGUUGCUGUUGUGGGCGGCCGCAGCGCGGAGAACCAGGCCUUUUUGCUGCGGCAGGGAGUCGAAAUUGUGAUCGGCACUCCGGGGCGGAUCCGCGACUGUCUAGACAGAGCCUUUACGGUUUUGAACCAGUGCAACUACGUCGUCCUCGACGAGGCUGAUCGAAUGAUUGACUUGGGAUUUGAAGAAGUUGUAAAUGCCAUUCUCGAUGCAAUUCCAACUUCAAAUUUAAAAAGCGAAGACGAAGCCCUCGCGCUGCAGCAGGAGUUGCAGGCCAAGGCGGGCCACCGGCUGUAUCGGCUGACGCAAAUGUUCAGCGCCACAAUGCCCCCUGCACUGGAGCGUUUGGCUCGCAAGUACCUGCGGGCUCCUUCUUACAUUUCCAUUGGAGACCCAGGGGCUGGCAAACGGGCCAUUGAGCAAAGAGUUGAGUUUGUGUCCGAGGCCAGAAAGAAACAAAGACUCCAGGAAAUAUUAGAAGAAAGCGAGCCCCCAGUAAUGGUUUUCGUAAACCAAAAGAAAUCUGCUGACGCUCUCGCCAAAGCCCUUUCGAAGUUGGGCUUCAGUACAAUUGCUCUUCACGGAGGAAAGGCCCAGGAAAAUCGCGAGGCGGCGCUGACGCAAUUUAAGGAAGGUUCUUUCGACGUGUUGGUGGCGACGGACGUGGCGGGCCGCGGCAUAGACGUGCAGGGUGUAACUCUGGUGGUGAAUUUCGACAUGCCGAAGGAAAUUGAGCAGUACUUACACCGCAUUGGGCGGACGGGGCGGGCGGGGAAAAAGGGAGUUUCGAUCUCUUUUUUGACGGAAGAAGACUCGGGACUUUUUUUCGAUUUGGUCAAAACCAUGAAAAGCGCCAACUGCCAAGUGCCCCUCGAGCUGCUGAGCCAUCCGGCCAGCAAAGUGAAGGGCGGCAACAAAGACUCAGUACCCCAGAAGCCCAUGCACUUCUACUAA